UGAGUAGAGCCCAGUUGAACCGUUUUGUCCCUUUUCGCUCUCCGUGUGAAAACCUGGGCGCGGAGGGUCAGAGAUAUGGCGGCCGCUAGGAUGGGAAAGCUGACAACCAUGCCAGCAGGUCUGAUAUGUGCAUCUAUAAGUGUGUAUGCAGCCAAGGAAGAGGAAUCCAAAAAGCAGCUAGUGAAACCAGAGCAGCUCCCCAUAUAUACUCCACCACCUCUCCAGUCUAAAUAUGUUGAAGAGCAGCCUGGUCACUUACAAAUGGGCUUUGCGUCCAUUCGCACUACUACUGGUCGUUAUAUUGGCUGGUGCAAGGGUGUUUAUGUCUUUGUGAAAAAUGGGAUAAUGGAUACAGUACAAUUUGGGAAAGAUGCAUAUGUCUAUUUGAAGAAUCCACCUCGAGAUUUUCUUCCAAAAAUUGGAGUGAUUACAGUUUCAGGAUUGGCAGGCUUCAUUUCAGUGAGAAAAGGUUCUAGGUUUAAGAAGAUUGCUUAUCCACUGGGACUGGCCACUUUAGGAGCAACUGUUUGCUACCCAGUUCAGUCAGUAAUAAUUGCAAAGGUAACUGGGAAAAAGGCAUAUGCUACAAGCCAGCAAAUUUAUGAAGCAGUUAAAUCAUUGUGGACAAAAAAUAACAAAAAAGAGUCACUUCCUGAAUCUAAAGAAAAAACUAAGCUUGGAAGCUCUGCUGAAAUAGAAAUACCUGCAAAAACAACUCACAACCCAGAACACUCAGUGCCUUUGCCAGCAGAACUCAGUUCUGAAACAAAGACCAAAUCAGAAUCUGUCUCAGGUGCUACACAGUUUAUGCCUGACCCCAAGCUCAUGGAUCAUGGGCAGUCCCAUCCAGAAGAUGCAGAUAUGUACAGCACUAGAAGCUGAACUAGUCUGCAGAGAGAACUACAAGAUGUGUGAAGUGGCAAAUAAUGAUGAAAAAAUCAUGUAAUUGGUAACUGAUGCACAGAGUAUUAACUUAAACCAAGUUUUUCCCUUACAUCUUCUAAUGUACGGUUUGACGAAUCACAUAAGUGAUUAAAACACAAAAUGUGACUACAAUCCUGACAAUAUUAAAUGAUUGAUGAAGAGGCAGAGGUAGAAGUAUUAGUAUGCAUUAGAUCAUUUUAAGGGCAUUUAUAAAGAAAUAAAAAUAAAGUAAAUAUAUGAACACUGAUGAGACUAAAAUCUGAAAAAAUAUGUAUGUGUAUAUAUAAAUAUGUAUACAUAUACAGAUAUACAUUUGCUUUAGCUUUUCUGAAUUAAUGUCAGCUAAAUUAGAAUGGUGUGUGGAAGGAUGUGUUCCCUCCCCCCAAUUUUGUUUUUCAUUUCCCAGAGCUGGAAUAAAAUAACCAUAUUUUAUGACA